AUGAGUAUACUGGCUUGGAAUUGCCAUGGGCUUGGGAACCCAUGGGCUAGUCAAUUCUUGAAGGAUCUUGUUAUCCAAAAGCAGCCCAAAGUUAUUUUUCUUUGUGAAACUUUGUCCAAGUCUGAAGGUUUGGAGAGGAUUCGUGUGGCUCUGGGUUUUGAGGGAGUUUUUUCAGUUGAUGCUCGAGGAAAAAGUGGGGGAGUGGCUAUGUUGUGGCGAGAUAGUAGUGAUGUUAAGUUAUUAGGCUAUGGGGGGAAUUACAUUGAUGUUGAAAUACUAGAGAACGAUGGGAGAAAAUGGAGGCUUACGGGCCUUUAUGGAGAACCAAAUCGAAGUCUUAGGAGGAAUACUUGGAAUCAAAUUCGGUCUCUCAAAGAUAACUAUUCUUUGCCUUGGUGUGUUAUUGGGGACCUUAACAAUGUUACGUCGCAAUCUGAUAAGAGGGGUGGUCUUCCAUAUCCCAAUUGGCUUAUUGAAGGUUUUGGAAACAUGUUGGAAGAAUGCAAUUUAGUUGAUAUGGAGCUAGGUGGCUAUCCCUACACUUGGGAAAAGGGGCGGGGUACAAGUGCUUGGAUUGAGGUUCAGAUUGAUAGGGCUUUAGUCUCUCAAACUUGGCUUGAUUCUUUUCCACUUGCGAAGUUGGUUAACCUUGAAGUAUCAACUUCGGAUCAUUGCCCGAUUCAACUAACGCUGGAUGUUGUUCAGAAAAAAGAGAUCCACAAGCGGUUCAGAUUUGAGAACUUAUGGCUCCGAGAACCAGUUUGUUUACAGCUAAUCCGAGACACUUGGGAAGCGGCUGCUGGUAGUUCCGUCAUGGAUAAAAUUCAUAGUUGUGGUGAGAACUUGCUGGUGUGGGGAAAAGACUAUGUAGGCAACUUCAAAGCUCGCAUUCGGGAUUGUAAAAAAUGA